UAAAUACCCAACCACCUCUCUUCUCAUUUCAUCUAAUAAUCUUUCCACACUAACGACUUCUUCCACGAUGCCUGGCGCUAAGCUUUUCUCGUCUUUCAUCCUCGCCAGACGUGGAUUUGCAACAGCAACACAAGGGAUCAGUGGCACGAAGGGAAGUGGAGUUGCAAUGAUGAAGAAAGGAGGUGAGGAAUCGAAGAAAUCAACAUCAUGGGUUCCAGAUCCAGUAACAGGAUACUACAAGCCAGAGGGUCAAAUUAAACAGGUUGACGGAGCGGAGCUACGUGAACUGGUCCCAAAGCAAAAAAAACAAAAAUGAACAUGAAGAAGACAAAGAUGAAUUUGCUUUGUCCAAAACACAUGAUCGUGUCCAACAAGCAACAACCCGUAUGGAUGGAAAGCUGUAUCGUCGUUCGUCUGUUAUAUCAUCGUUGCUUCCAAUAGAAUAUAAUCCUUAAUUUAAUAAAUUUUAUACAUCUUAAUUGAACGGUCUUGUGAGUUUUCUUCCU